AUGUCAUAUAGAGACGACCACCUGUGCGAGUUUCGUGGAAGAUUGAUACUUUUGUCCGAACACCACAAGAACCACAAACAUCACCGAGCACAUGCAGAGAGAUCCGUCGAAGAGCACAAGGCGUCCAAGACCGUCACGAGCGAGUUCAAGGUGGAUGCUGUCUCUCAGAUGGAUAGACCGUAUCUCCCUUACAUCCCUCAAAUGACGCCUUUCGUCCGAUCGCCCAGCUGUGAGAUCGGCAGCGCCUGGAGCAAAUAUCGAAACCUACUGCUCGAUGUGGGGAGCGACCCCGAAGAAAGUCGACAGACGCAGAGGAUGAACGUGCUGUUCAACAAGAUCAACGAUCCCUCCAAGGCAGGCAUCACGCCAGCCUCCCUUGUCCAAGGAUUGAACAGCCUCGGCCUUACACAUGUCGACCUCACAGAGGCCGACAGUCUCCUUCGAGAGCUGCUGAAGUCGCCGGAAAGCAGAUCCGUUUCAAGAGAGGCUUUCUACGACUUCAUGUCAGGGCUCUUGUGCGGGGAAGAGCUACAUUGGGAUGCAAUUCCGCACAUUGAAGGUGAUGGCCUCAAAAUCCUGCAAAGGAAUAUCUCUGCAAAGAAGGAAGCCGCUCGAUUGAUGCAGGAGAAUAUCAAGAUCAAGAUCAAGACAAACAAAGAAGAGCUUUCAAGUCUCACCAAGGACAUGAAAUCCUUGCAGAAGAAGCAUGGGGCUGCCAGCACGAGGGAGAUGGAAAAGAUCGAGAAAAGGAUCAAACGAAGGAUGAAAGAGAUGCAGAUAAAAGAAAGUCAGCUGGUGAUCUUGUUGGAGGAGGAAAAGACGGUUCAAGGCAGAAGCACGUCCCUGCUCCAAGAAGCCAACAUUCUACAGAAUCUGGCUGACAGAGUGAUGCAGUACAAGAGUCUGGGAGCACACGUUGCAAUGCUGACUUCGAUUGAAUCUGUCCCCCUUGCACAUGGCAAGCAUUCAUCGACUCAGGAUGAAGAGGUCGUUGGAUUCAUCAUAGAGAGCAAAGUCGCGACGGGUUCAUGGACGUAUGUCUCCUUUGAAGUGGAGCCUGACUGGAGGUGCUUUGAGGUGGUUAUCACUGCGUUGCACGGGACCGCUUACCUCUCGUUUGCUAAUCCUCCUCUCAUCUAUCGAGCGGCGUCGGGCAGCCUCUUCAAGUCACCGCAUGUGCUCUACUCGCCACGUUUGACCCGCACACAGACAUCGAGUGGAUGGCAACGAGGGCCCGGCUUCCUAGUGAAGAGAAGCCUCGCCAAGACCGGCUACUACGGCAUGGAGCACACAGUCAGGAUACAUCUCUCGCCUACAAUCCUCCUCAGCUGCUACCCGGGAGGCUUCGGGAGGGCCUGGCAAGGAUCUUGGCAUCUCGGGGUGCACGGGCCUAGCAGCUUCAAGAUCUCGGUGAUCUACUUCAAGAGUGGCAGCGAAGGCUCCAAGAACGGAGCAGGGGCUCUGAGCUGA